AUGGUCAACCAAAGCUCCCCAGUGGGAUUCCUCCUUCUGGGCUUCUCUGAAUACCCAGGGCUGGAAAGGAUUCUCUUUGUGGUUGUCUUAACUUCCUACCUCCUCACCCUGGUGGGCAACACACUCAUCAUCCUGCUGUCGGUUCUGGACCCCAGGCUCCACUCUCCAAUGUACUUCUUCCUCUCCAACCUCUCCUUCUUGGACCUCUGCUUCACCACAAGUUGUGUCCCCCAGAUGCUGGUCAACCUCUGGGGCCCCAAGACCAUCAGCUUCCUGGGCUGCUUCAUCCAGCUGUUCAUCUUCAUGUCCCUGGGGACCACUGAAUGCAUCCUCCUGACAGUGAUGGCCUUUGAUCGCUAUGUGGCUGUCUGCCAGCCCCUCCAUUAUGCCACCAUCAUCCAUCCCCGCCUGUGCUGGCAGCUGGCAGCUGUGGCCUGGGUUUUGGGUCUGGCCCAAUCCAUAGUCCAGACACCACCCACUCUCCUCCUGCCCUUCUGUCCCCACCGGCAGAUAGAUGACUUUUUGUGUGAAGUUCCUUCUCUGAUUAGACUAUCCUGUGGAGACACCACCUACAAUGAAAUCCAAUUAGUUGUGUCCAGUUUCUUCAUCUUGGUUGUUCCUCUCAGCCUUGUUCUUGUCUCUUAUGGUACCAUUGCCCGGGCAGUACUGAGAAUUAACUCUGCCCAAGCAUGGAAAAGAGCUUUAGGGACCUGCUCCUCCCAUCUUAUGGUUGUCACUAUCUUCUACAGCUCAGUCAUUGCUGUCUACCUCCAGCCCAAAAAUCCUUAUGCCCAAAAGAGGGGCAAGUUCUUUGGCCUCUUCUAUGCAGUGGGCACUCCUUCACUUAACCCACUCAUAUACACCCUGAGGAACAAGGAGGUAAAGAGGGCAUUCAGGAGGUUACUGGGGAAAGAUGGGGAAUCUAGGGAAAACUGUUUGAUAUAUUCCUAA